CUGGUCUCAGACAUUCAAAACUAAGACUAAAUUGGACUCUUGCUUAUAACAGCAGAGUCUAUAUAAGUGGGAAAUAAUAGCAACCCUUACUGUACUAUAAACAGAGCCUUGAGAUCUUAUCACUUCAUAUCAAUUCUCCAUUAAUGGCUUCCCUCAGUAGCUUCCUCAAGCAAAGGCCUUCUUCAUAUGCUGUUGCAUGCCACCACACCCUGUUGAGGAGAUUGUUCUCAACAGCAACCAGUGCUGAUUCCCCUUCUCUUGCUCAGAAAAUCAGAGAUUUGCCUAAGGAUCUUCCUGGAAACAACAUCAAAAAACAUGUUUCUGAGCUUAUUGGGAGGACUCCACUUGUUUAUCUUAACAAAGUCACUGAAGGAUGUGGAGCUUAUAUUGCUGUAAAGCAAGAGAUGAUGCAGCCCACAGCCAGUGUCAAAGACAGACCAGCACUUGCAAUGAUUGCUGAUGCUGAGAAAAAGAAUCUGAUAACUCCUGGAAAGACAAUUUUGAUAGAGCCCACAUCUGGCAAUAUGGGUAUCAGCAUGGCUUUUAUAGGUGCUUUGAAGGGAUACAAGGUGGUUUUGACCAUGCCCUCAUAUACCAGCAUGGAAAGAAGGGUGACCAUGAGAGCAUUUGGAGCUGAAUUGAUCCUCACUGACCCAGCUAAAGGAAUGGGAGGCACAGUGAAGAAGGCUUAUGACCUUCUGGAAUCCACACCAAAUGCUUUCAUGCUGCAGCAAUUUUCAAACCCUGCCAACACUCAGGUGCAUUUUGAAACAACCGGUCCUGAGAUAUGGGAGGAUACAAAUGGACAAGUUGACAUAUUUGUUAUGGGAAUAGGUAGUGGAGGCACAGUCUCUGGGGUUGGACAGUAUCUUAAAUCCAAAAACCCUAAUGUUAAGAUAUAUGGAGUGGAGCCAUCUGAAAGUAAUGUGCUGAAUGGUGGUAAACCUGGUCCUCAUCAUAUAACUGGCAAUGGUGUUGGAUUCAAACCAGACAUAUUGGACAUGGAUGUAAUGGAUAAAGUUCUUGAAGUAAGCAGUGAAGAUGCAGUUAAAAUGGCUAGGAUAUUGGCCUUGAAGGAAGGACUCAUGGUUGGGAUAUCUUCUGGAGCUAACACAGUUGCAGCACUCAGAUUGGCUAGUCUGCCUGAGAACAAAGGCAAACUUAUUGUGACUAUUCAUCCAAGUUUUGGGGAAAGAUACCUGUCAUCUGUCCUGUUCCAAGAGCUUCGUGAUGAAGCUGAAAAAAUGCAGCCAGUGUCAGUUGAUUAAUGCCCUCCAUCAGGUCUCAUAAAACUAGAAAGUUUCGUUGUGGAGUUACAAUCCUGUUGUAGCAAAAGUUGUCAACUUCAGCUUACAACUAGACUAAGACCCGUGCGCUGUUUGGGCGGACACAACUUAAAUAAUUGCAGAGUAGUCGUCUAUGGUUUCAAAUCGUUUCAUCUUCCAAAAUUUUUAGAAAGAGUUCAGCCACAAUAACUAAGAUUUUCUUACAUUUUCGAAAACUGUCACUUUCAUUUGUGAAUUGUGAUAUUUAUGAUGAUAAUAAUCACUGUUAAGUGACUUUAUUUUCUCUCAAAAUGUCUACACUUGAAUCGUCA